CCGCCCGGCCCCGGGCAGGGGAGGCGGGACCCGGCGGCCGCCCCCGCCCCCUCGGCGGGCGGCAGGAGAGUUGAACUGGGGAGCGGCUCCGCAUGGGGCCUCGGCCGCGCCGGUGACCGGCCUGAGCAGAGCCCACCCGGCGCGGGGGGGAGGCCGAGCGCGGGCGGCCGAUGGAGAGGCGAGAGGACGGGCGGGGCUGGGCGUACAGAGUUGAUCCAUAUGGGUUUGAAAGGCCAGAAGACUUUGAUUAUGCAUCUUAUGAAGCAUUCUUUUCCAGAUAUCUAGUGAUACUCACUAGAAGAGCAAUAAAAUGGUCCAAGCUCCUAAAAGGGAAAAACAGUAUACAGAAGAGUUUAAAAGUGAAAAGAUAUAUCAGGAAAGGCAUCCCCAGUGAGCACCGUGCAUUGAUCUGGAUGAUUGUGAGUGGGGCUCAAACCAAUAUGGAACAAAACCCUGGAUAUUACCACAGACUGCUUGAAGGAGAGAAGAAUGACAAGCUGGUUGAAGCAAUCAAAACAGACAUGAACAGAACUUUUCCAGAUAAUGUAAAAUUCCGCAAAACUGCUGAUCCCUGUUUGCAGCAUACACUCUACAACGUAUUGGUAGCAUAUGGGCAUCAUAAUAAAGCAGUAGGAUAUUGUCAGGGCAUGAACUUCAUAGCUGGAUACCUGAUUCUUAUUACGAAGAAUGAAGAGGAGUCCUUUUGGUUGCUAGAUGCUCUUAUUGGAAGAAUAUUGCCUGAUUAUUACAGUCCUGCAAUGCUGGGCCUGAAAACUGAUCAGGAAGUCCUUGGAGAACUUGUGAGAAUGAAAGUUCCAGCUGUGGCAGAGCUGAUGGAGAGACAUGGAGUGAUGUGGACCCUCGUGGUGUCACGCUGGUUUAUAUGCUUGUUCAUUGACAUUCUUCCAGUAGAGACUGUGCUCCGAAUAUGGGAUUGUUUAUUCUAUGAAGGGUCAAAGAUCAUCUUCCGUGUGGCCUUAACAUUAAUUAAGCAACACCAAGCUUUUAUUUUGGAAGCCACAAAUUUCCCUGACAUCUGUGACAAAUUUAAGCAGAUCACCACAGGAACGUUUGUAACAGAGUGUCACAGCUUCAUGCAGAAAAUAUUCACAGACCCUGGAAGCUUAUCCAUGGCAACAAUCAACAAACUCCGAGAGACUUGCAGAGAGAAGUUGCUUUCUCAGGGAUAACUCACCAGAUUUAACCCAGUGGUCAGAUCCUACAGCAAUUGUCACAUUCCUCUAUUUGCACUGACUAAAGCACACUUUAAGCUUUCCAUGAGUUAACUGACACUUGACCAAUUUUUCCUGCCUUUCAAGUAAGUGUUGUUAACACUUUGUACUGUAUGUCAGGCUUGAUAACUGGAACAGGUGGUUCUGUUGUUUUGGGGGGGGUUGUUGGUGGUUUUUUUGUUUGUUUUUUGUUUGUUUGUUUGGGUUUUUUUAUUAUUGAGGAUUACAGUGUUUUCAGAUUAGAAUGUGAUCAGUAUCAGGACACUCCUUUUAAAAAAGCAGUCACCAUCCUUGUCUUUUCAGGGCAUUUUGUAAUGUUAAAAAAGCAGGUGUAUAAAAUUGCAUAUCCUUCCUACUGUAUUAACUGUGACAUCACUAUCAUUUGUACAAAAUAAAUUAAUUUAAUUUGUCAGAACCAGUUUCCUGGUACGAAGAAAGUAAAAUAUCUGAUCUCUUUCCUGACUGCCCAUAGUUGGCUAGAAUAUAAGCAUCUUCCUUCUUCCUCGCUGCUGUUACUUAAGGAACUUAAUAAACAUGGUAAAGUACAAGGCAAGACUGCAAA